AUGCUGGAGUUGAACAUCACUCUGGUUAGUGAGUUCAUCCUGGUGGGCUUCCCCACUGCCCCAUGGCUGCAGAUCCUGCUCUUCUUCCUCUUCCUUCUGGUCUACCUGCUAGUGAUAACAGAGAAUCUUGUUAUCAUGUUCACUGUCUGGGUCACUGGCUCCCUCCACAAGCCUAUGUACUAUUUCCUGAGUAGCUUGUCCUUUCUGGAAGUUUGGUAUGUCUCUGUGACACUCCCCAAGAUGCUGGAUGGAUUUCUCCUACAGAGACGGCGCAUCUCCUUCACAGGAUGCAUGACCCAGCUCUACUUCUUUGUCUCACUCGCCUGCACAGAAUGUGUGCUCCUGGCAGCCAUGGCCUAUGACCGCUACGUGGCCAUCUGCCAUCCUCUUCGAUAUCCAGUCAUCAUGACUACAGGUUACUGUAUGCAGCUGGUGGCCCUCUCCUACAUGAGUGGCUUCACAGUCUCUGUGAUCAAAGUCUAUUUUAUCUCACAUGUUGCUUUCUGCGGUUCCAAUGUCAUGAACCACUUCUUCUGUGAUAUCUCACCAAUCCUCAAAUUGGCAUGCAAAGACAUGUCCACAGCUGAGCUAGUGGACUUUGCGUUGGCCAUUGUCAUUCUUGUUUUUCCUCUCAUCACCACAGUCCUCUCUUAUAUCUACAUUGUGUCCACCAUUCUGCGCAUACCCUCCACCCAGGGAAGGAAGAAGGCCUUCUCCACCUGUGCAUCCCACCUCACUGUGGUCAUAAUUUAUUACACAGCCAUGAUUUUCAUGUAUGUUCGUCCCAGAGCUAUUGCAUCAUUUAAUUCCAACAAACUCGUCUCAGCUGUGUAUGCAGUACUCACACCUAUGCUAAAUCCCUUUAUUUACUGCCUAAGGAACCAGGAAGUCAAAAAUGCCAUCAAAAAGACUUUAGGGGGCAGCUAG